AAACUAACAAAAAUACAGCGACUGACGGACGUUGGUUUCGUCUCCAGAUACACGCUGUUUGUCGGGCAGAGGUUCUGUCUCAGCUCGGUUCCACUGUGCAGUGGGCGAUCGCCCCGGAUCGAAUGAAAAUAUAACCAGUGUUGUGGUGUUGCGAUGGACCCCAAGAUCGACGACGACUACCCCCUUCCUGUGGUCCUCCUGCCCUCCUACGAGAACCCGCCUGCCUGGAUCGCGCCACAAGAGCGAAUUCAACACUCUGACUACAAUAAUGAGCUGACGCAGUUCCUGCCCCGCACCAUCGUGCUCAAGAAGCCCCCCGGGGCACAGCUGGGCUUCAACAUUCGGGGAGGGAAAGCGUCCCAGCUGGGAAUCUUCAUCUCCAAGGUAAUCCCAGACUCGGAUGCACACCGUGCUGGGCUGCAGGAGGGGGAUCAGGUCCUGUCAGUGAAUGAAAUUGACUUCCAGGACAUUGAACACGCCAAGGCUGUGGAGAUUUUGAAGACUGCCCGUGAAAUCCUGAUGAGGGUGCGCUUCUUCCCUUACAACUACCAGAGACAGAAGGAGAGGACGGUCCACUAACAGAAGAGGUGAUUGGAGUAACUGUGCCCGUGGGAAACACAGCUUUGCCUUGAUAGUGAGACCAUGGGGCAGCAUUGGGGGCUGUGGGUGUUACUGGCACACUCGCACACCCAUUGGUAACCAUGCUGUGUGAAGAACAAGGCAUCAGUGGCACUGCAGUUUAGCUGUCUUCAGUCAUUCCUUUUCAGUGAUUGGUUAGGAGGGAAAGCAGCUCAUUAAUAGUACCUGUGAGGGGGCGGGGCUGCUGACUACUACUCCAUUAUUAAUGAGCUGUGAUUUCCUAUGAGCCAAUCCAGAACAUGAAUGCUGCUCCAAUUCUGAAGUCUGCACCUGGUGUUGCAGAGACAAAAUAAGCAAUCGGCUACACAUGAUAUAGUUUUUAGGUACUAAGAAUAAAAUCAGAUUUUGAUCAUAUUGUAGUAUUUAUUAAAAUUAAAAAUUAUUUUUAAAGGGAUGUUUACAGGAAUGUAGACUGUGUAGGGCAUUAGUGGGCUGUGGUUGUUUCCUGGGGAGGGAUGUGUUUUACUAAUUUUCUUGUUUCACCUGCAGUGUUCCUCUGUCCUAUUAAGUGCAUGGAUAAAUAUAGUUACAAAAACACGCUGCUUUGAGGGUGAUGCAUUACUCUUGUCAUUUUUAAACUGGUGCCCAUGACAACAGUCUAGUGUUUCCAAAUUAGCAGUCCUUUUAAUUGGUUCCUGUUUGCUGCUUAAUUGUUGAGCAAUUAAUUAAUUUGUUGUUCCAGCUGAUGUACAGGAUAGAAUUAAUAGAAGUCAGAAGAUUCCUUCUAAUAAAACUCCCAAUUCUACUUGGUUCAGAAAAUCACCAAGGGUCAUUAUUGCCUUUUAAGCCUCCACUGGGCCAGAGAGAUCAGUUCAUUAAUGUUGAGUGGACAGGCUACUGAGGAGACCUGUGUUUGACAAGGAUGGACAAAAGAAAGCCUUUUCAUGAGUACUAGUUUCAUAGGGAGAGGAGAUGGCUAGGGGGAAUGAACACUAUCUUUCUAAUUCUAAUGGUAUUUUCACUGCUGUAUUUUACUCUGUUCUGUAGGUUUGUUUUUAAAUGGCUUAUUUUGAUCGGACAAACUACACUGGAGCCACUAAUUACCCGGUAUAUUAACUAAAGAGCAUUUACAUACAGAGGAGUUGUGUAAAAUGAUGCGUUUGUGUUUCCUCUUGCAAACUGGAGUAAACACUGAAUAAACCUGCCCCAUUUUAACAGUCAACACAGCGUGCAGUCCUAACAUUUCCAGAACAGUUCAAGCACCUGGGCAGAUCCACUGGCUGCACACAAAAGUUCUGUCCUGCAUGUGUCAAUCCAUCAAGAUAAAUAGGAUUUUGCAUAAUUCAAUUUGGUUAUGGGAAAAAAAAAAAAGCAAAGCGGCAUUACUUGUAAUCCUCUGUUCUUUUUCGUUGUGCAAAUGUUCCUAUUGAUACAUUCUUCACAGUCAGUCUAGUAACAUUGCAGAGUCAAGCUAAAAAUAACCUAGGUGAUACAAUAAGCCAAAAGCGCUUUCCAGCAAAGACAAAUCAAUGUUGUUAAGUCCCUUUGACAUACUCACUGCGAAAAAAGAGUGAUGCUGAAGACUUGUUCUACUACCCCUACCUUUUUCUCUUUGAAAAUAUGUAGUAUUUAAAAUUUGAGCUUAAGUAAUAAAUUAUCCUUGUGUGUGUGUGUGCGUGUGUGUGUGCAUAAGAUGGGAAUCAAAUUUUUCUAAAGCUUAAUGCUACCGAGAUGCAAUAAAAGGUUAUUGUGCUGCAUGGCACAGCAUGUUAAGAGUAAUGACGAUGACAGCAGUGUGUCUGGCUGCCUUUCAGAUCUGAUAGGAGUGCUCAACAGUGCCUUUAUUUCUUGAUUCCAAUACCCCCUCGCUUUCUUUUUGGACCCUGCAAAUCUGUAUCACAAGAACAGUCCAGGACUGCUGACAAAAAUAUACUAUUACAUUUUGGACAUAUAUACUUUUUCAGCAUCCUAAUGUAUGAUGUGUUUCUGUUUUAAGUCAGCAUGGUUUGAACAGAGUGGAGUCAUUCUCUUUAUGGGUGUUUGCAGAAACAGUGCUGUCACAUAAAAUUUAACUAUUAGGUUGUGCCGAAGUCUAAGCAGCAAGGGAUCAUUCCAGUGCUAGGCACAGGUCAGAAAUGAAUUUUGCAUGGAAUAUGAUAGAAUCUCGUUUUUAAAUAUUCACUGUUGUUUAAUCUUUCUCGCUUGUAAAACUGUAUCGGAUCACUGACUAAUGCUAUUAUAACACGAAAUGAAUAAAGACUUUAUUCUGUA